AUGGAGCACGUCUACUUGCUGUUCAACGACCAGCUCAAGACGCAUCCCAUCCUCACUCAAAUUGCGGCCAUUACUUUGCUGACGUUCCUGGGCGACGUCCUGUCCCAGUUGACUUUUCAACGAAAACCAUUCAGUGUCAAGCAAGCGGCCAUCUUUUUCUUCAUCGGCCUGACCUACACGGGUCCCCUGGUGGUGUCCUGGUUCGCGUUCGUGGAAUGGCUCGUGGUGAUGGACCGCGUCCCCGCUAUCAUCCUCAAGGUGGCGCUUGGAGAGUUUGUCUUCACACCUCCUUUCGUCCUGUGCGUCAUGUUUCUCCAUGGCUUUCUUCAUGGACAUUCCUGGGAGCUGAUCAGGGAGGACGUGAGGGUAAAGUAUCUGUCCAUUCUGAUGAUGAGGUGCGUCGUGUUUCCCGUGUCGCAACUGGUGAACUUUUUGGCUGUGCCGGUAAACUAUCGCCCGAUUUUCUCAAGCUUGCUGGCCUUGUUCUGGAGCGUUUACUUGUCGUGGAAGGCGAACAGGGCAGAGUCCAAGCUAGAAAAGCUUGAGGAAGGAACAAGUGAUGAAGAUGAAGAUGCGGACAAUUCAGACAAUGAGACCGAAAAAAAAUGA